GUUUUUUGCCGAAGGAACAAACAAUAAUUUCAUCACGAAAAAUUUUUAAAUACAUUUUUUUAUUGAAAUACUUAAAUAUUUUUGUGUAUAGUGCUAUUCAGUUAAGAUAAUGGUCAUUUAAGCGUUAUAAACUAGUUUCGUUUUGUGUUACAUGUUUAUCGUAUUAACUUAGUCGCUAUAUUUUAAUUUUCUGUGAUUUCUACAAUGAAAAUCAAAAAUUAAUUAUAUUUUUCAUUCAACUGCGAAAUCAUUUCACAAGAAAUUCAAUUUAUUACUGAAUGUAUUAAUUAUGUUCGGGCUAGAUAAGUACCUGCUUAAAAUUCGUAAUCUUUACGAUACCAUGGUGGAGGUACAAAGAAACCACCGUUAACUAUUACACGAUGCACGAUCACUGCAUAGACGGGAUAAAUGGCAUUUUUCAUUGAAAAUAUUCAAUUUUAAAGUCACUAACCAACAAAUUAUAAAUUACAAACAGCCAGUUUACGAUGAUUUGUUGUCAUCAUUAGAGCGAUUGUCAAAUUUAAAAACUGUUAUGUUACAUUUAUGAGUGGACAGUUUUAAUGUUUUCUGGAAUUUUUAGCCCCGAAACCUUACAUAAUAUCAUGAAAAAUCUAGCUUCCUAUACGAAAAUUGCUUAUUCGGAUUCAGAUUUCAGAUACAGGUACAGCGGCAAUGUGGUAGUGGAUACAUUGCGAUUACGACCGUACAUUCAACGUGAUACCACCGAUGUCUAAUAAUUUAUCGAAUUUCAGUCAUUACAAAAAUCUAAUAGCCGACGUGCAUUUUUACCGUCAACCGCCUACCUCAACAAAAAGUUGUUUUAUUUAAUUUAUUUUAUUGAGAGUUGCGGCUAUACGAAACAUGAUUAAAAAUUCAUUUUUCAUGAUCACGACACCACUGAAGUGCAAUUAGUCUUAUUUCUGACCACGGUAACCCACAAAUAAUAAAGUAAUGAUUAAUACCGCGGUAACGGAUCACAGACCGGUCGCGGUAUGACGCAGUUCCAUACCACAUCGUCGUCAUCGCAGUCGCCACAAUAAUUGUUCAUUUAAUACGCUAAGAUAAAAUAAUUUACGAAACAUAAUAUUGAUCAAUGCAAAACGUUCUUAACAUUAUCAUCGGAAUGGCAACGACGGAUGGCGAGCGAAAAGAUGACAGCGACCUCGGUAAAGUCCAGGAAAAUGGUGGUAGUAAAGACGGAAUCCACGAAUUGUAUAUGGUGCUCAAUUCGAUAGGCGCUAAUCUAGACCAACUUGCCGAAAACUGUUAUAACGUCAAUGAUAGAAUGAAGGAACUGGAACUGGAAUGUAUUGAUUUAUUACAACCCAUUGAUGAUAUUAUUUUUUUUAAAAGAGAACUGAAACGAUUAAUCGAAGUUGAGUCAAAUUAUAUGAAACUUUUAAAAAAUAUCGAAAAUAAUAUUAAUACAUAAGAUUAACUCAUUUGAUUUAAAUAAUAUAAUAUUUUAAAUAAAUCAUAUAAAUAUUAA